AUGCAAGGAGAAGAUCAGAAUGACAAAAAGAUGCCUACCAGAUUCAGAGAACAAAGUGAACAUCUUGAGCAUGCUAUUGACCAUGUUCUUGUCAUGAUAUCGGAAAGAAGAAGGACACGUACUCUACAUGGCACUUAUGAACAACCACCUGGUAACAUUCGUACUGCUGCUGUUGAAGUGAUUAAUGCGGUCAAGAUGAUACUAAACAUUCUGGAAAGCCCUCCAUUUGAUUUCAUGUCAGAAUUUUCCAGUCUGAGAAACCACCUCAUUAAACAUAUUACAUUACUGAAACAUUUCUCUGAAAAGUCUGAUCUCAACCAUGAAAUGGAAUCUGAUAUGAUAGAUGUGUGCAAGGGUGUGGCUAAAAUCUAUCAUUACAUAAUUUCUCUGCCACCUGACCUUACAGAACUGGAAACACAAAUUUCAGAAGUUAUUACCCCUGAAGAGAAGCCACGUAAUGUGAAAGUGCCAAAAACUGCAACUAAUUCAUCCAUUGAACAUAUAUUUCCCCUUCAAGAUGUGUCCCUUCCAAAUGAAACAGUACCUAAUAGAUUUGAAUAUUUUUCUCUAGAAAAUCUCUGCACUCAAAGUAAUGAAGGAGCAGUUGUCAUGCCACAUGAUGAAGGAAGCACAUCUGAAACAGAAGUUUCUGAUACAGACGUUUCUGACAAUUCAACCAGUUAUUUUGACUAUAAAAAUCUCCAAGACCUAUUGAUAAUUGAAAGUGAUGCCCCUCUGCUGACUUCUGGCUCUGAAAGCUGUGUGAUUGAUUCUGACUCUGACAGAGGCAUUGGUAUGGACUCUGACUUAGAACAGCACUCAAAAGAUUCAGACUCAAUAACAUGGGGAAUGGACUCAGAUUCAGAAAAAUGUCCCAUUGACCCGGACUCUCAGAAACACCUGCUGGAAGCAGAAAAAUUCCAGAUGGCAUCAAACCUAGAGCAACACCUAGUUGGAAUUGAACAAUGCCAGCUGGAAUUUGACUCUCUGAAACACCAUAUGGACCCAGAUUCAGAAAAAAGCCUGGCAGACUCUGAUUCUGAAAAAUAUGUGAUGGCUUCUGACAAUGAAAGACCCAGGAUAGACCCAGACUCAAAAAAAUACCCCAUGGCUUCUGCAUCUGUGAAACACCUGCUGAAGGCAGAAAAAUGCCAAAUGGCCUCAGAUUCUAUAAAACGCUUCAUGGAGUCUGAAAAAAAAAUAAUGGAGACUGAACAACACUGGCUAAUCUCUGCAUCUGAGAGAUAUGUGAUGGACUCAUACAUGGAAAGGGAUGCAAUAGACUCAGACUCUGCAUCUGGGAUAUAUCUAAUGGGGGAAGGAAAACACCAGAAGAUUAGAUCUGAGAGACAUAUAAUGGACUCUGACUUUGAACCAUGUAGGAUGGACUCAGACUCAAGAAGAUAUGAGCUAGCCUCAGCCUCGGUGAAAUGCCUCAUGAAUGCUAACACAGUCCAGUUGAGCACUGAAACUGAGAGGCAUUAUGUAGAUUCUUGGUCUGUUAGACACACAAUGGACUUGGAUUCUGAAAUCCUGGAUAUGAGCUCUGAUUCAGUGAAUCCCAUAAUGAAGGCUGAAAAUUGCCAAAGAGCCUCUGACUUGGAAAGAUUCUGGAUGGGCCUUGGGUAUGAAUCUGAAAGAUACGUGACUAGCUCUGAAAGACAACAGUUGAACUUUGACUGUAGUAGAUGCUGGAACAGCUCUAGAAAAUACCAACACAGAUCUUCAGGACUUCAGGAUAGCUCCGGAAGAUGUCAAGAAGGCCUUCAAAAGCACUGGGGUAAGUUUGAAAGACAUCAAAUAGACUCUGAUUCUGAAAAACAUGGAACAGAUUUUGAAAAUGAAAGAUAUCAAAAUGAAUUUGAAAGUGAAAGACAUAUACACAUGAUUGAGAUGGAACAGUCUCUGUUGCACUCUGAAAAUGAGAGACUUCAAAUGGAUGAAGAAGGGGAGAAAUACUUCAUAAAGUCUGAUGGUGAAAAAGAGCACAAGAUCAUAUCUGACAAUGAAAGACACGGCCUUGACUCAGAAGAUGAAGCACAACGGCUUGGUGCUCGCAGAAAAGCUAACCGUCCUCAGGGUUUUUGGAGGCCUAUUUUUCUAUCACCUCCACAUAGCCAAAGAAAGGAAACUGAAGAACGACACUCUGUGCAACAAAUUGAUAACAAAGUGUCCAGAAUUCAGCUUGUAAGAUACCCAAGUGAUGAUAAGACUGUAAGAUUCAAAGAGAUGUCACCAACUCUGAGUGAUAAGCAAGACUCACAGCUAAAGUUAAUGGAAAAGCACAGCCACAACGUUUUUUCAAACCCAAAUACUUUCAUGGAUAAGAAGCAUCACAAAAAUGCCAGCCACAAAAUUUCUGUCUCUAAGAGUUGUUACACAGACUAUAGAUACCAACAGAGAUUUCAGAGUUCCAGGUGUCAAAUGAGUCCUAUUCAUUUCCUAAAUCCUCAGGGUUACACCUCUGAAUUUUUGGUGCCUGUCUACCACCCUAUUUCCAUGAGCCCUUGGUUUGCUGUAUGCCCCAAGACUCACAGAAAUAACACAUACACUUUAGACACUGGAGCUCUUAUAUGUUCUAAAUGUUUUGUACAAAUCAAUAAUUUUUCUUUUCAUAAGUGUCUCAUUAAUUCUGAUGAUGAUUCAGACCAUGACUGUCCUUUACAUCUCCAAGUUCCCUUGGAUUCUAAAUAUUCUUUGAGUUCUAGAUCUAUUAGUCACCACAAGACUUCUCAGAACAGCCCUUUAUCUCGAUCCUUGGAUCCUGAGCAACCCGUGGGCAUCCGCUGCCCUUUCCACUGGGAGGAUUAUAAAUAUUCUUUGGGUUCAACUUCUUUUUUACACUGUGAAAGUUGCUCAGCUCUCCAGAAUCUCAUGGGCUCUACUGUUACUCAUACCUUUCCAGUGAAUCCUCAAAAUAAUAUCAGCCACCAUAGUACCCCUGGCCCAGGCAAUGUCAUCCACACCAGCAGCAUUGCUGGCCUUGAAAGCGAGGGUAAGUUUAAAUUUACUGCCAAAUUUGAAAAUGAGGCCAAUCCUGAUGAGACUAAACUGGUCAAUACUGGCAAUCUCAAAGAUAAGGCCAAAGACAAGCCUCUUUUUAAAGAUGAGGAAAACCAUGAAGAUGAGACAGACUCUGAAGAUGAGAAAGAGCCUGAAGAUGAAACAGACCCUGAAGAUGAAAGCAAUACCAAAGACAGGAAAGAUCCCAAAGAUAAGUCUGACCCUGAUAACACUGAUCCAAAAGAUAGUAAUGCUGAAAAUGAUGCAGACACAAGCAACGAGUCUGAUCCCAGUGGUGAUGCUGACUCUACCAGUGGAGCUGAUUCUACCAGUGAAGGUGACUCUAACAGUGGAACUGAAUCCAACAGUGAACCUGACUCUAACAUUGGUAAUGCCACUAACAAUGAUGCUAACUCCAAAUGUAACACUGAUUUUGAGGAAAACAAACACACCAACAAUUCACAAAAUGUCUUUGUCCUAGAUAUUGAUGUUUAUCAAGAGUGUACUGCUGACUCCAAUAAUGACUCUAAUCCCAACUACACCUCUGGAUUCCAAAAUGGAGCUGGCCCAGACUGCACUUCUGGUUCCUGCAAGGGUGCUGGCUUCAGCAUUGGUUCCAGCAGUAUCAUUGGCCUCAACAAUAGACUUGGCCCCAACAAUGCACCUUGCCCUAACAUUAAUGAAUCUGGCCUCCAGAACAAUGGCUCUGGACCCCAAAAUAUAAGACUGCAUCCCUUCAGCCCUGGAUUCAGCAGCAGUGUCUCUGGCCCCAACAUUAAUGGCCUUAGACCCAAUAAUAUCCCUGUCCUAAACAGCAAUAACCCUGGCCUCAACAAUAAUAGCCCUGGUCCCAAUAAUAAUAGCUCUGGCCUUGAAAAAAACCCUGAUUCUAGCUAUAAUGCCAGGCUUAGUAAUGCUACUAGUCACAAUAUUGCUUUCAGUCCUAACAAGGAUGCUAACUCCAUCUAUGAAACAAAAUUCAUCAGUGCUGCUGGCCACAACUAUGUAACUAUUUCAAACUGCGUUUCAAACCUUGAAUAUGUCCCAGGAUUUACCCAUGCAGUAGGUUCUAAUUUUGUAGAUAACCCCAACUAUAUUGCCAGAAAUAGCUAUGCUGACAGUCCCAGCUCUACUUCUAGCACUGUCAAUGUCACUGACACCAGUUACACCACUAUUUUCACUAGUGCUAUUAGCCCUACUUAUACCAACUGUGCCUCAGACACUAACCAUGAGCCCAGAUUUACUCAUAUCAUUGGCUCCAACUUUGUCAUCAACCCCAAUUAUCACAUCAUAAAUACUUAUCAUAAUUCUAGUACCAGCAAUGCUAGUAAUCUCUCUGAGACCAAAUUGGACAUCAAUCCCAGUUCCUCUAUUCCUAAUAUUGUUUAUAGUAACUCCUCAGUUUUUGUUGCUGGCACUAACUAUAUUUCUACUCCUGAAAAGUUGACCACCUCUAAAUUUUCUGAUCCACCUAAGCUUGAUAGGAGUUAUACAAUUAUUGAUGACUAUAAAUUUGGUGCCUGUUUCAAAGAUUAUCCUGGCCCCAUGGAUUCUAUUAGUUUUAAGCAUGCUACUGAGUUCAAGGAUGUCCUUGAUGCCAAGGAAUCUAGCUUUUUAAAAGAUUUCUCUGAGGUCCAGAAUCCCAUUGCUAUCAAGGAAAUUGCCAGCUUAAACUUUCACUCCAAUUCAAAUAUUCCACUCCUUAGUUUUGAUAUUAUAGUAGAAGCUGAACCACCAGAUGUUGUGAAGUUUGUCAUGCCAUCAGGUGCUGUGAAUCAGUUUUUUAAGCUCAACCUCCAGACAGGUAGCAGAGAAAACCUCCGCCCUUGA